AUGAGGAACGGCCACAGUUCCGCAGUGGAUCAGACCGGAGUACCGGUAUAUAGAGGAACCCAGGCAGCCAGAGGAUCAAGCCUUGACGAUAACAACAGCACUGCACCUGAUGCCUCACGCCAAAGCCUGGACGAGAGCCGCGAACAUCACAAUCACGGCCACGACAAGGUCGUCUACUCGAACGAUAACGAGGACAGCAGUCGGUUCACAAAGUUCAAGAGUCGACGCAGCCUGCCCUGGUACCAGAGUCGCGAACUUCAAAUCGUUGGUGCGAUCACGCUGCUGUCGUUUAUCGUCCGUCUGUGGGCAAUUGAUUACCCUACCUCGGUUGUCUUUGACGAGGUGCACUUUGGAGGGUUCGCGUCCAAGUACAUCAAGAGCCAAUUCUUCAUGGAUGUCCACCCUCCGCUGGCAAAGAUGUUGAUCGCCUUGACUGGCUGGCUGUUUGGCUUAAACCCUUCCUUUGACUUCAAGGAAAUUGGAUUGGAUUACAUCGAGCCAAAGGUCCCUUAUGUUCCCAUGCGAAUGAUGUGUGGAAUCAUGGGCGUCGCCGUCGUCCCAAUGGCAUUCUACACCGUCAGGAACUCUGGACACUCCAUCCAUGCCGCGACCCUUGCCGCUCUGCUUGUUCUUUUCGUUACUCAGAGUCGUCUCAUCCUGCUGGACUCGCCCUUGAUCCUGUUCACCGCAUUCACGGUCCUUGCCUGGGUCAACUUCCAUAACCAACGCAACAACGCUUUCUCGGAUGACUGGUUCAUCUGGCUGUUCCUGACCGGCGUGGGACUUGGACUCUCCGGAAGUGUCAAAUGGGUUGGACUCUUCAUCAUUGCGACCAUUGGAACUUCGACCAUUAACCAGCUCUGGAAUCUUUGGGGCGAUCUCAAAGUGUCGCCUCGCGCCUGGUUGAAACACUUUAUCGCACGCGCAGUCUGUUUGAUUGUUGUCCCUGUUGCUGUGUAUAUGUUGAUGUUUGAGAUCCACUUCUUGAUCCUCCACAACGGUGGCGAAGGAGAUGGCUUUAUGAGCGCUCCCUUCCAGAUGACUCUUGGUCACUCACUUCAGGACUCUCCUCUCUCCGUGGCAUUCGGAGCAAGUGUGUCGAUCCGUCAUCAGGGCACUAAAGGCGGUUACUUGCACUCCCAUGCAUCUGUCUAUGAAACUGGAAGCAGACAGCAACAGAUCACUCUUUACCCCCACAAGGACACCAACAACGAAUGGAUUAUCCAAAAGGGAGAUGGCACAGUCCCCGAGAACCUCGAGUACAUCCAGCACGGCGACACUAUCCGACUCAUGCAUACCUCAACCAACAAGCGCCUUCACUCGCACGACCACAAGCCGCCAAUGACCGAGGACGAGAACCAUUUCGAGGUCAGUGGAUAUGGCUAUGCGGGAUUCGCAGGCGAUGCCAACGACGAGUGGCGCGUCGAGAUUGUAGAAGGCAAGGAUGAUGAGUCAGGCUCGUACUUGCAUACUCUCAACACCCAAUUCAAGCUGGUCCACAUCAACAUGAACUGUGAUCUGUUCUCGCACAAGGUCAAGUUGCCCAAGUGGGCCUUUGAGCAGCAGGAGGUUACCUGCAUGCGCAGCGCUGUUCUUGCCAAGACUACCUGGGUCAUUGAAUCCAAUAGUCAUGCCAACUACCCAAAGGAUGCACGCAUGGUCAAUUACAAGAAGCCAGGAUUCUUUGGGAAGUUUUUGGAGCUGAACAAGGUCAUGUGGGAUACCAACGCCGGUCUGUUGGACUCCCACCCUUACGACUCUCGCCCCUCUUCUUGGCCUUUGCUCAAGCGCGGAAUCAGCUUCUGGGGCAAGGAACAGAAGCACAUCUAUCUGGUCGGUAACCCUGUCACCUGGUUCAUGUCGACGGCUGCGAUUGUCGUUUAUGUCGCGAUUAGAGGACUUUUGUUCCUCCGUGAUAAGCGUGGAUACAACGAUGACUUUAAUGGUCUUCGCGAAUACUAUGAGCUCUCGGGAGGAUUUUUCUUCAUGGCAUGGGUCUACCACUACUUCCCCUUCUUCCUUAUGGACCGCCAACUGUUCCUGCACCAUUACCUCCCAGCACUUUACUUUGCAAUCCUCCUUCUCAGUGUCACCUUUGACCUCGCCUGCAGAUUCAUCCCUAACCGCGCCCGCCUGGUGGCUCUUAUCUUGAUCGCCUCAAUUGCUAUUUACUCCUUCCGUCUCCGCGCGCCUUUGACUUAUGGAUCUGAAUGGACCCGGUCCGAGUGUGAGGCGUCCAAGGUUUUGACGACCUGGGAUUAUGAUUGUAACCAGUACCCGGAUAACUAUGCCCAAUACGCCGCCAACGCUGCUGCCAAAGUUAUCCCCGUCGAGAGCACUACUAGCAGCGAGGAGGUGGCUAAUGUCGACUCGUUUGAACGCGAUAAUGACCCUCAGGAGCAGCGGGCUGUCUCUGAGGGAGGGGGUGUUGUUGAUGCUGCUACUGCUGUUGUCGACGCCGCCGCCGCCGCUGUUGCAGAAGAGGCGGACUCUGUCCCAGAAGCCGAGGAUGCGCAGAUCACUGACCCUGCAGAAUCCACAAUGGCCCAUGGUGGGGAGAUCGAGCCCACCUUUGACUUUGAAGUCCCCGUAGAGGACAACGACGACGGGAAGGAUAAGGUAUAA